UAACCGUGAGCGAUAACGCCUGUGCGCUCCGAUACGUUGCAGUCUGAGGUGCAGCCUGACUCAAGGCGAGAGUAACGGAGCAGAACCGCUGUCCAUCUGGGUCUGGGUCUGGAUCCGGGUGAUGAGAGCCACGAAGAGCAUUGUUUUGACGGCGUCAUCUUGUUUUUCACUGCAUCAUCAAAACCGCUCUCGGUCUCCUUCGCAGCAGAACUGCGGCUCUCUCCAACUAUGGAUUGCUUAAUUGAAGUUGGGCCACCCGAUCCUGUUUGCGCCAGGGCAUCCCCGUGAUAUUUAGCGAAAGGAGAGAAGUCGUUAUGAGCAAGUGUGAAAGCGGAGGAUUUCCUGCGCAGAGGCAGCAAUUUCAUCCUGAGGACACAACAUUUUCAUUGUGCGUAACGGACAUCGAUGCGACGGAGCUGUUUGCAACUAAGUGAAAUAAUUGGCGCAAUGUACUAGCAGUUACAGAGAGACUCCUUAGUGUAGAGAGUUUUGUUUGUGAGAGCUUUUAUUUCUCUCUUGUGCGUGCAGACUGGUUACGCACCACUGUUUUAGCUGCUCCGCGGUCGGGAUCUGGAACUGUGAAGCUUUUGAACUUUUCUCUGCAACUAUUUUAUUUUAUAGCUGCACCUAUGGCUUUGCCGGACAGUGGCAUAUCUGGAGAGGAGAUCCCUUUCCCAGAAAUAAUAGAGCUCAAUGUUGGCGGCCAGGUGUACAUAACGCGCUACUCUACCCUCACCAGUGUGCCAGACUCUCUGCUGUGGGAGAUGUUCAGUCAGAAGUCAACCAAAGGGCUGGCCAGGGACACCAAGGGGCGUUUUUUUGUGGACCGCGAUGGUUUCCUGUUCCGCUACAUCUUGGACUACAUGCGGGACCAGCAACUGGUUCUCCCGGACCACUUCCCGGAGCGCGGGCGUCUGCAGAGGGAGGCUGAGUUUUUCAACCUGCCGGAGCUCGUCAAGCUGCUGGCGCCCAAAAUCAGCAAGCAGAACUCGUUGGGGGAUGAGGGGUGUCCGAGCGACCCGGAGGACUCCUCACCCGGGAUCGACUCAGCGCGCAGCCUGGGCUCCCUGGGGGCCGCGGCGGCCGCCUGCGCCAGCCUGGUGCCCGGUGCCAUGGACGGGAAGCGCUCAGGGUUCAUCACCAUCGGCUACAGGGGGUCGUACACUCUCGGCCGCGACAGCCACACCGACGCCAAGUUCCGCCGGGUGGCACGGAUCAUGGUGUGUGGGAAGACCUCCCUGGCCAAGGAGGUGUUCGGAGAGACCCUAAACGAGAGCCGUGACCCGGACCGCCCCCCAGAACGCUACACCUCCCGCUACUAUCUGAAGUUCACCUUUUUGGAGCAGGCCUUUGACAAGUUGGCAGAUGCAGGCUUUCACAUGGUGGCUUGCAACUCCACAGGAACCUGCGCCUUUGCCCACGAACAGACGGACGACAAGAUCUGGACCAGCUACACUGAAUAUGUGUUCUACCGUGAGUGAGAUUAUCGCUUUAUUCCCCUGGCCCCCUUCACCCUGUCUCCAAGAGACCACCCCCCUCUCCUCCAGCCUCCAGCCAUCCUGUCUUAUCUCUCUGAUGGCUUUGUUCCAGUAGAUGUACUGUAGAUGUUGUGUCCCCCUCCCAGCCCCAUUUUUCUUUGCAGCCUCCAGCUUUUUUCCUUUGAACACUACCCAGCUGCUGCUCCGACUCUUCAUACCUCCCUCUGCAAGUCCAGUUUGAAGCUUUUCCUUUCAACCCCAAAUCCACCCCGGUCAUCCUCAAGUUGCCCUCUCUUCUGUCGCCCGCCCGUCUAGUUGUAGUUCCCCAAAAAGUCAGCCACAGCAAUCCAUCACCCCUCUCUGCUGAGACUGAUGCCUUCUAUGUAUUAAUCUCCUUUGUAUCCUGCAUAUAAAUAUCUACUAAAUUUGCCCUGGUGAAGCACAAUACUGUAUUUUCCUAAAAACAUAGCCAGAGUGUUUCUGUGUGGCUAUUAAACGCAGUCAUAAAGGUAUAAAGAAAAGGGCUGAAAGAGUUGUAGUAAUGUACUAAGCUACUCUUCCCCUGCUUACUCAAGCAGAUCGGACUCUCUCCAGCUUCUCUGAACUAAAUUACCAAAUAAUUGGACAUCUUAUCAGCCUUGAGGGACACGAGCAGCCCCAGCACAAGAUAGAAGUGUAAUCUAAUUUCCUUCAUUUUUUUUUUUUUUAACUUUAUUCUAUUAAAUGUGUCCAGUACCAUGUGCUUUGGGAAUGUGCCAUAGUUAACCUGUGCGGUUGUUGUUUUAAAAUGGAUGAGGUUGCUACAGCAUUGCGGACUGGGGGGAAAAAAAUGCAGCAAACCUGUUUUGAAAGAAGGGAAAAUAGAAAGCUGACAGUACGUGGAGUUUGUAUUUCAGAAAGAAGCUGGUUAUGUGGCAAAUAUAUAAGCACAAAACCUGCAUGGUGAAGCUUAAGCAUCAAAAGAUUUUCUAGUGAGAGAAAAUUUAAAAAAAAAAGAUUUACUGAUUUAUUGAUAGAGUGGAAAGAAAUGUAUGUUGUUUUGUUUGUCGUUUGCUUUACUUUUAUGUUAAAACAUUAAAAAGGUUUUUUCAUACUACAAGUCAUGUCUUGUGAAAGGCCUGCUUCCUGCUGUAGUCAUCGUAGCUGGCCAUGUUUUGAGAAAAAAAACAAAACAAAAAAAAACGUUAAUAUUAUUCUCAAUAAGCGAUUCAGUAUUUGAAGGUUCUGUGUAUUUGUUGAUAGUACUCACUUACUGUAAAUGAAUACCUAGUAGAGAGGGUAGGAGUACCCUGUCUGCAGGCAAAGCCAAUUGUCUUCUCACAACUGAAGCAAAGGUUGCUGUAACUACAGCUGCUAUAAACGGGGACGUGACAAAAGGAUGGUUCUUCAUUUUUACUGGGGUUCUGUUAAGAUGUCUUAAACAUAUCGCUCAAGGCAGAUUUGUACUGUCUUAAAACAACACGCCCUCAGAAAUGUAUUAGCUGUUUAUUCAAACUCUAUUUUAUGAACGUUUAAACAUUGGUUGGUUAUUUACAAAGAAGCCGAUGGUUAUUUACGCCGGAAAAAGAGGUUGGAAGUUGUGCACCAUCAAUGAUCUUCCUGUUUGAAACAUACACAGAACAUUUAAAGUGUUUUGGAUCGAAAUAAAAGUGAAUCAGUGUGAAAAUUAAAAAUAUGACUUUAUGUGAACACUAUUUCCUACACUGUCUUACUCUUCAAGUCAGACUGUCUGACUUGAAGCGUUUUGCAUGUUCCAUUCUCAGUAUGUAGAAGAAAAUUGGCACCUCAAUUUCUGGUGUAAUUAGUUUUCUGCUUCUUUAUAAACAAUCAAGUGCAGCAACGGUGAUGCUGGUUUAAAGGUUCAAAAAACAGCUUAUACAUAAACCGUGAAGACAUUUUAAAGACUGGAGUUAUUUUAAGGAGGAAGAAGUCCAUUUUGGCCUUCAGAUUAGCCUUUAUCUUUAGCCUUCUGGCCCAGUUCCUCUGGAGUUAUGAUAAAUGAAGACACCAAGAAAGCUAUCUACUUCAGAUAAGGUAAGAUAUUAACUGCUCAUAAGCGUUGAACAGAACCCCACUUUAGAAAUCCUGAAAUAUCGCUUUAAAGUUUACUAGUAGAGUGUUGGGUCUGGCAUCAGGACAGGUCUACUCUAUCAUGUACCUCAGACUAAAACACAUUUAAAGCCAAUAAAGCAUCCAGCUGAUUAUGUGAAAUGCUAGAAGAAGUCUAACUUGUAGAUGGUUUGAUCAAAAGUCAAGCAUUAUUCAGUCUAAGCAAGGUUGUAGUUUAAUGUCUUGGUGACAAUAAGUGUUUUAUGAAAGAUUUUAACAUCACAACAUUGUGUUUCAGUGUGAUGCAGUGUUUUGGACACCCUAAAUCAGUGUGUUGAACCUGUUGCAGUGUGUAGGUUACAUUGGGGGUUAGCAGAAGGCAAACUGAUAUAUUAAAUGAAACCCUACUCUCUUCUGGUUCAUUUUCAUUGAAAACAAACAAAACUCUCAGAGUGCUGUUCAUGAGUGAAGAGCGCACCUGCAUCACGAUUACCGUAUAUGUUUUUCAUUUUCAUUAGAAAUUAUUCUCAGUCGUAAAAUAAAGGACACGGGCUUUCACAAUAAAAGGAUAUAUCAUUAAAUGUUUAGCUCUCUCCCCUCAGGCUCUGUUUUUCAUCUUCCCAUCUGCUAAUCUCUUUUUUUUUUGCAAUUUUUUUUUAUCAUUUUGUUUUUCUCAGCUUGGUCACAUAUUGAACACUUGACCAGAAAACAGAGCCAAGACAGAAUUGAGGACAUGCAUAGAUAACAAGCUCUCUUAAAGCAGAUUACAAAACCCUUGUUUUGUUGCCAAUAAUUGACCCAGUUACACCACACAGUCCAAACUGUGAAGUCGACUAGAUUCAAAGUUAAGGACUGGCGAAGGCCUGCUCUGCUUAAGGCUUCCUGCGGAGCAACAGUUUGCCUGUUUCUGCAGAUUCAGAACAGAUUUUGUGUUCAGGAGUGCAUUCACAGACAACAAAGCUAUGACAGAUUACGCUUGGAUAACAAUCGGGGGCAUCUUUGUGUCAGUGAAGCACUCAAAUGUCAUUUCAUGAACUCUGACUCAUAUUUGCCUUUUCAUCGAGACCUUAUCUAAUGCCAAUUGCUUCAGUAUAACACCUCUAAACCAAUCUCAGUGUGGCCUGGAUAAAUGCAUCUCUAACGAACCCCAUUAAAGUUGUGAAACAUAGAAGUGGCUCCCUUCUGGGAUAACAGAUUAUUUUUUCUGAAUGAGGCCACAUUUUGUCCUCAGAGAAGAGGACAGUAUAUGCUGUCAGCAGAGUCUCCCAAACAAAAACAGCCACAGGCAGCAUUCCUCUGGCACUGCUCUCCAGCAUGCUAUGGCAACACCGGGGUACCAGAGUCGGCCAUUAGCAUACGCAUGGAAAGACGAGUCUCAUGCGUAAAAUUCCAGGCACCGCUGUCUGCCUUUACACCCAACAAUGGCCUUGAGGUUCAACAUUCAACAGAAGGCGAGUGGGGAGUGUUGGCAGUCAGACGUUAAACAGGAGCAGCAGUGAUGUACACAGGCCACACUGUGAUGAUAAACUGCGUUUCUCAGAGCUAUUGCAAAACUUGGCUUAAAAGUGAAGCAUACCUUCGUGUGAGAGGCAGGCUCUCUUUGUCUCUAUCCAGAGUGUCUCAAUAAAGGGAUUUUACAAUGACAUGUUGGCUUCAUUAUUCUCUUAAAAACAACAAUCAAGGGAAAUUUACCUUUGAUUAUGUAUAAAAAAGGAAGAAAGUGUGCAAUACCUUCAUUCUUCUAGAACCUUUUCACAUUUUGACACUAAUUUCACCUGAAAGUUCAAAACUAACGUAUUGUGUUGCUUUUAAUGUGAUAGACUGGCACGGAGUAGAGCAUGAGGGCAAAGGUAGUCACUUGGAUUUAGUUCUGCUGGUGAAUUUGCCUUUAUCUCUAUAACAUGUUGCUCUGACUUUAUGUUCUGGAUUAUUGCCCUGUUGUAGGGUGACCCUCCUCAUAGUGUGUGGCAAACCAAAAACUGGAUCUCUGCAGCUCAUCCAGAGUUACCACUGGCCUCUUGGCUGCUUCUCUGAUUAAUGGUUUUCUUACCCUAGCAUGUCAAUGUGGCUGGUUGACCAGCUGGUUUACAAUAUCCCAUCUUCUAUAGAUAAAUAAGACAUUCAAAGCUUUGGAUAUUGCUUUGCAACCCAACCCUUCUUUAACCUCCUCCACCUGUCUGCUGUGUUUAUGAUGCUGUUUGUUCACUGAUGUUCUCUUACAAACUGAGGCCUUUUUUUUUUUAAACAAUUUCAUCUCUAGAAGAGAUUAAAUUACACACGGCUGGUAUCAGUGUACCACUUUGAUUUCAUUUAGGGGCAUCAAAUAGAUAAAGAUUUUUAUUUGUAAGUUAUUUUUUAAGUAAGGAUGCAUUAUUUUUCCUUCUACUUUAUGUUAGUCACUCAAACAAAUAAUCAAUGAAACAAACUGAGGUUUGCAGUUCUGAUAUGAUAAAUUGAAAAUAACUUCAUCAGGUGUGAAGGCAUUUCCAAAUCAAUGUAACACAGUCUUGUUUUAGAGUGUUCUUGUUAUUGAACCCAUCGUUACUGUGGCCAGCUUCACUCCUUUCAUCUGAUUCUUGACUCUUAGCCAGCUGGGUCACUUCUCCUGUAUCUGCCGCAGAAAAAGGGAGAUAGAGGAGGAGAACAGGAAGGCAUGCACAUCCCUUGAAUGAAAAGCAAGUGGAAAAUGGGACAAGUCUAAACCAAAUACUUGAGUCGAAGCGAGAGGAAUCUGGGAGAGUAUUUAACUGACAAAGACUUGCGGCUCCCAGCUGAUCUUGCCUUCUUAACAGCCCCACCAUUAGCUGUCCUUUUGUUUGGAGACAUUCAGGAUUGUACUGAUAAAGUUCUCACAGGACCAAUUCUGUAAUGUGUUUUUUUUCUUCUUUUGUCCAGUUUGCCACUUCCGUCAGCACGCAAAAAAUUCUGUUUUCGACAACAUAUGGCACACUACAUGCUGCAAGGCUGUGUAAUAGGAUUUUUAAAAUUACAUUUUAUUUUUGCUAAAGUGAAAUAAAUGAGCGGAUUUGUAUGUUGCCCAAAUAAAAGAGAACCAAAUUUGAGAUUUACUAUGAAGAAAAUACAAACCCCUAUGCAUUUUAUAACUGAGAGGACUCAUUUAUUUUAUAAGCCUGGAUGUUUUUGGUGGCUGAGUUUUCCUCAGAAUUAAAGAUGAAAUGUUA